CCGGAGAGCAGCGGCGGCGGCGGCGGGCGGCCCGGCGGGGCUGGAGCCCGGCUCGGCUCCGCUCCAUGGAAGCGGCCAACGGGACCCUGCCCGACGGCGCGGCGGGCAGCAAGGGGGGCGGCGCGGCCGCUCCGUCGGGCAAGAAGGAGGUGAAGGUGGUGAUCGUGGGGGACGGCGGCUGCGGGAAGACCUCGCUGCUGAUGGUGUACGCCAAGGGCGCCUUCCCCGAGCAAUAUGCACCGUCUGUGUUUGAGAAGUACACCACCAGUGUUACGAUUGGCAAAAAGGAAGUCGUCCUGAAUCUGUAUGACACCGCAGGGCAGGAGGACUAUGAUCGGCUACGACCACUUUCUUACCAGAACACAAACGUAGUGUUAAUUUGUUACGAUGUCAUGAACCCCACCAGCUAUGAUAAUGUAGCAGUUAAGUGGUAUCCUGAAGUGAAUCACUUCUGCCGAGGUGUCCCGCUCGUGCUGAUCGGCUGUAAGACAGACCUUCGGAAAGACAAAGAGCAGUUGCGUAAGCUCAGGGCUUCUAAGCAGGAACCCAUUACCUACAACCAGUCUCUUACAGCUGAGAGCAUCUCGAGUCAUGCGACGUGAUGCUUCUGAUGCCAGGCACAAAGGAGCUGAACAGUAUCUGCCAGCACCGCAGCUUGCAAACAACUGGAAGGAGACAAACUUCACUUAAAUAUGCUGAAGAAAAAUCCCCCUAUACAAGUCUGAAUGCUCAAGUGACCCCACUCCCAGGGCUUAUAAUGAAUAAAUGCAGACUUUGUGAGCUGUGGAUUGCAGACUCGGAAUUCACGCUCCAAAGCUCACAAGUACUCAAAACUGGGGGCUGACUCCAAUGACAAAAAAAAAAAAAAAAAGGAUCACAAGCAAAGUAAGAAAUCACUGUGUUUUGUCUGGAGUGAUUUCACACAGCCAUGACUGCAUGCAAAUGCUUUAGAUUCUACUCUGCUUCCAGUGCAUGUGUUUGGGUGAUGAGGGCUCACACACUGAUUUGUGUGUACUAGGAUUUCUGAUGGGCCCUCUGAAGUGGCAGUCAGGAUUCCAAUAUGUGCACCCGCAAAACAAAUCAGGACAUUUAUCCAGACUGUGCUCUCACGUGCUACAUUCAUUGCUGAAGCUUGCAAACUAAAGAUGACAUCACUUAAUAGUUAAGGUCAGGCCUGAAAAAAGUUUCCCCUUGUAAGAUGUCUAGCUUAUCUUCCCUUGAGUAUCUAUCUCAGCAUUUCUUUAAAUGAUGUUAACAUUGAGACCACGUCCACAAUAUUAGCAGGCCAGGUUCUAGAUCAAUUUAGAGAAAAGAAAGAAAAAAAAAACAGAAAGCAAGUGCCUCAGUUUAUUUCCAAAGCCACUUAGGCCCUUGCACUGCGCUCAGAAGAGGCAGCUUCUUUCUUCCUGACCUUCUGUUAUGAAGAUGUACAAAAUAAUUUUUUCUCUCCCAUCUCACUUUUCUGUCACACAUUAGAUUUACAUCUUUUCUUACCUG